AUGGAAUUGAAACACUUCAAUAAAUUUGUAGAUGAAUACAAACUAAUCAAGAAUGAUAAAUUAAUUAAAUACUUACUCAUUCUUGGUAUAGGAUUUGUUAAACAAAAAUUAGAAGAUAUAAAUCAAGAAGCAAUCAAAUUAUUAGCGAGUAAUUUUUGAUUUUUGAUUUAGAUUCAUUUAAGGAAAAGUCUAUUCAUUAAGAAUUAAAAAAUUUAAGAAAUAAAGUUCUCUCUUUAGAGAAACAUAUUUAACCAGAAUAAUAGAUUAAAUAUCAUAGUCAACCUAAAUUAAUGCCUCCUAAAGUAACACCAAAAAUCACUGAAUAAAUUCCAUUAUAAUAAAAUGUUAAAAAGGUAGUACCUUUUAAACAUCACUUAGAUGAUUCAGAAAUGUAAUAUUUAAGUAAAUUAUUUAGCAAAUCAAUAUUAUGGAAUUAGUAUAGUGAUAAUAAUCAUUAAGUAAUUAACAAUGAAUCUUAACAUUAUGGAUAACGAAAGUAAACAAUUGAUUAACAACCUAUAAUUCCAAAGUAUUUACCGAGAAAUAAUUCAUAAACAGAGAUAAAUCCUUUAUCAUAACGUGAGAAUAGUACAAGAUAAGUUACUUAACGAUCAUCUCAUCAUUCAAGUUAAUUUGAUAGUGUACAUAAUAGAAAUUCUCCAAAAUUUAAAGGAGAGAAGAAAAAGAGUAUAUGUAAAGAGAAUAAGACUCCUGUAAGUGUUGGAGGAGUACCAAAACAUUUGAGAUAAGUAAAAUCAAAAAUCAAAUCUUAAAUUCAAUAUGAUAAGGAAUAAUAUAAAUCUAAUAAUAGUUAGAAAGAAGAAGAAUAAACAAUAAAUAUAGCAAAUAGUUCUUUAAAUCCAUUUAAUAAUACUCCAUAAAAUAAAUUAUUUCAGCCUUGUCAUUCAACUCAUUUUGGAAGUGGUUAAGUAUCAAGUGCUAAAAUAUAAUAAUAAUAAUAGACUUUAGAUUUAAAUAAUAUAACAGAAAGGAAAGUAUUUAAUCUUGAUGAAAUCGCAUCAUCAUUUUUAAAUUCUCCAUUUAUGAAAAGUUAGAUAGCAUAAAGAUUAUUUGGAAAACAAGAAUCAGCAUCAUAAUCAUCAUCAUCUAGUACAUUCUCACUUUUUAAUCCAAAUAAUGAACUAAAAAGUAUAGAAAUAAGUUGAUAAUUAUAUAGAUUUCUUUUAACAGUUAGACAAAUAAGUAGGAAAUUCUUUAUCCUUUUAGUUUUGA